CAAACGAAAAUACAUUGAAAAUAAGCUGAGAUAGGGCGUUUUCGAAUCGGCAGCUCGGGUAGGGUGUUCUUCAACCGAAUUCUGAGAUGGGGCCUUCUUGAAUUGGCUGCCGAGAUAGGCCGAUCUUCCACUAACCCAUCGAUAUUAUGUAUUCUGGAAUCAUUUUUCUGUCGUUUUUUGCAAAAUAUAAUACUGUUACAAAAAACCUGAUGUUUUAAAAACAAAUUGCAAGUAUAAUACUCCCUUAACAAUUGUUAACAACACAAGUCCUACUCCGAGAAAUAUGACAAAUAUCAAAAUAAGCACUAAUGGCAAGUAUUUAACUAAACAUGGUAUUUCAGGUCUAAGUAAAUAACUCCAAUGUUGGGAUCCAUGUUCAUAAAAAAUUGGAUUGCGAAUAUAUUUUGCAAAACCACUUUUUACCUUUUUUAAUAAAAUUUAAACAUCAACAGCUGUCUAAGCAGUUUGCCGACUGUCAUCAUUUUUUUUCGAAAUUUCCCCCCAUUUUAUUACAAAUCGACCACCAACAAAUACUUUGUACAAAGCGAAAGUUUAAGAACUGACUUUUUGCCAAUAAAAAUGAAAAUGGUCCCAUAGUGCCAUGGUACAGUAUUGUAAAAUGCUAUUCUUUAAACAAUGCAGUAAAGAAAUCAGUAAUUGGGUCACAACUGCAGUUUAAAUGCCUCAACUGGCUUAAACUCGAAAUGUAAAAACACGAAAACAAAAAUAAUAUUUUAAACAAAACCGUCAUGACGAACACUUCGAUACAGCUGCCAUGCGCGGCGCAAAGUGUCGGCGCAGUCAAUAGUCUAGUUACCACACUGUUCCAAACGAUAUUAACAGCACAAUGCGCGCUUUCUGCAAAGUCCGACUGGCCUCCGGACUACGGCGAUGAGGCACUGAACGAUGGUAUCGGGAAAUACGAUUUCAUAGUUAUAGGUGCUGGCUCGGCAGGCUCGGUUGUUGCCAGUCGUUUGUGCGAGAACGCCAAGUGGAAAGUGCUGGUGUUGGAGGCGGGCGAUGACCCACCACAGGAGUCAGAGAUUCCCGGCUUGCAUAUUUAUUUGGAGCGCACUCGUUAUUCUUGGGAUUACUACUCGGAACCACAACCACACAUUUGUCAAGCGCUAAAACGUCGAUUAUGCUACACUCCGCGCGGUAAGCUCAUAGGCGGCACAGGCGCAAUAAAUGGCAUGAUAUACGUGAAGGGGCAUCGCCAGGAUUUCGACGAUUGGCUGGCAGCGGGCAAUACACAGUGGGGCUGGGCUGAUGUGAAGCAAUUUUAUGAGCGCGCUGUGAGCCCUGUGGGCAAUGCCACGCAUCCCAUGGGCUAUGUGGUGCUCGACGCAAACAAAGAUGUAGGAAGUAUGCUACUGAACGGCGCCAUUUUUAAUGCUACCGCAGAAUUGGGUGUGCCCUCCAGGUCGGCGUUCGAAGAUGGCAUAGAAGUAGGCACUGCAUUCUUGCCGGUAACUAAUAGCAAUGGUAGACGCACGUCUACUGGGAAGACAUAUUUGGCCAAGGUUUCGAGGCGACCGAAUCUGCAUGUGAUCAAAAAUGCGCACGUGCACAAAAUCCAUUUCGAUAGUAGCGGCAAGCGGGCCACCAGGGUAACAUUUUCGUUGCGCGAGAGUUAUGAGUUGAGUGCUGAGGUGCGCAAGGAGGUGGUGCUCUCGGCAGGCACCAUAGAUUCGCCCAAGUUGCUGAUGUUAUCGGGCGUGGGACCGCGCAAGCAUCUUGAAAAACUGGACAUACCGGUGGUACACGAUCUGCCAGUUGGUUCAAAUCUGCGCGAUCACGUAAGCCUAAUGGUUCAUUUUAAAUUGGAAAACACAUCUUUCGACGCGUUGGAGCAGACGAGGCACAUCGAUUUAUUAUACCAAUUCCUGACUCGCAACAACAGUCGGUUGGUUAAUGGAUCAAGUAGUAUCACCUCCUUCGUGAACACCAAAAGGGAUAGCGAUUUACCAGAUAUGCAAUAUCACUACGCACUAAACCAACAAGGCGAUGUUGAGUCCCUCGGAGUUUAUUUUGCGCGACGUGACCAAAAGUACACAGCGAGCUUAAUUCGGCAAUUAAGGAAGUCACAUUUGAUCUCCUUUUUAUUGUUGUCGACCAAGCCUCGCUCCGUAGGCAAAAUACGUCUGCGCAGUUCCGAUUACCUUGAUCAUCCACGCAUCUUUUCGAAUUAUCUUAGUGAUCCCGAAGACAUGGCGACUAUACUGCGAGGGAUACGCUUCAUCGAACGGUUAGAGGGCACAAAGGCCAUGCGGGAACUAAAUGCAACCCUGUUCCGUAUACCACUCGAGGAGUGCGAUGAGUACGAGUACCGCUCCGAAGCCUACUGGCGUUGCUACGUUAAAUACUUCGGAGAGGGUGGCUAUCACCUGACCGGCACCGUGAAAAUGGGCCCCAGUAGCGAUCGGGGAGCAUGCGUGGAUCCACGAUUACGGCUUUAUGGUGUAGAGAAUUUGCGAGUGGCCGAUGCCAGCAUAAUGCCCGAUGUGCCACACGCAAAUACGAAUGCACCGACGAUUAUGAUUGGCGAAAGGGGGGCGGACUUUAUAAAACAGGAUUGGAAAGAGGAUGACCAAGGGUCGAAUGAGUCAAAGUGACGUAGUUUAAAUGAGUUAUAAGUCGUACACUUUCUUUUACAAUCACGUUUUUUUUUAACUAAUCCUCCUCCGAAAAUAAAUGCAUAAAUUUCUAUUCAUUGGAGUCUUUCUCUGCACUCUGCAAUGCUGCGUCAAUCUGGUCAACUGGAACGAGUAGAGGGCGCUCGGAAAAGUUAAACUCUUUAAGUACGAGCCUUUUAAGAAAACGGUCAAGAAAUAAAUUGCUAAUAGCUCUGAUCCAAUACAUUUCGUGUAAAAUCCUGUAAAAAUGUCAACAGUCAAAUUACUCUCGGAAGUGAGAGCAAAAAGUGAGUAACAACCAAAAAGUACGGGAACAAAAAAAGCAUUUUUCCUGUAAAAACGUCAA